GGUUCGCGUGCCCGCCGCCGCCGCCGCACGGGAGCUCCAACCAGCCCGCGAUCCUCCCUGCUCGCCGCCCCUCCCGUCUCUCAGCCCCUUCUCCCGUCGCUCGCCUGACAGGCUGACACCUCCCGUCGCCCUUGCCUUGCCGGCGCGCGCCGCCCCUCCUGUCGGCGGUGCGGAAAGGAGAAGAGCUCGUCGCUGCGUGCUGCCUCCAGCACGCGGGAAGGAGAGGAGAGGAGGCGUCCACCUGCUUGCCGUCGUCCAGCACUUCCACUGCCACUGCAAAUAAACUCUGAAACUGGAAUUCCUUGCUUGGUCUUCACCAAUGGAGAUGAUGCACAAGGCAACUGAAUCUGCUUAUGAUGAAGAUAAUGGUAAAGGUAAGGAUGUAACAAGCACGGAGGAAAACGAUCCGUGGAAUCCUCCAUAUCCUCCUGGUGUUCCUGCUCCUGCUAAAGACGUGACUGAGCAUAUCAAAUUAAUCAAGCAGUGGAUGAGUCAAAAACAUGCUUUUCUUGCUGCCUCCAGAACAGCCCAUACGAUCAUCCCAGACCGUACUCCUGAGUCAGUGAAUGAUGCCUUCGUCGAUAAAUUACCCCGCUUGGUGCCCAUCCUGGAAAAGGAUAGUGUCAGGCUUUUCCUUAACUUAUUCAAGCAUGAGACACGGGGCUUGGCUUGGGGUUUCGUCAUAACCCCAGAUACCUUCAAUGAGAUGAUUGUGCAAAAUGCUCUGCGAUGCGCGAAAGUUGCCUUGGAGGGCAAGGCUCCUGAGCUCAAUGGGCACCGUGCCAAUCCCAACUACGUGAACUCGUCUGGGUACUUUCCCCUACACCUAGCUGCUGAAAUGUUCUCCGCCAACAUGAUCAAAUUGCUCUUCCGCUAUGGCGCAUCGGCCAAUUUGCGCACGACUGGCCCUGAAGUUACCGAGGGCCUACUCCCACUACAUGUGGCAGUCGAGAACGCUUGCCGCCAUAAGUUUCUUGAGGAAAACCUGUUGCCUGACAAAGGGAAUACCGACUACGUCUUCAGGCUCAUUCAACUGCUUUGCUUACCUGAAAUGAAGAUCUUCUUGGAUACAGUCAGACUGAUUGCAGAAAGAACAGAUGAUCUACUUGCCGAGGUCAGGAAAUACAUAAAGGAUGGAAAGCUUGCCGAAACAGCAGUUUUGCUCCUGGCAGCUCAAAAGAAGAUCCGCGCGGGAUCUUCUUUCAAGGAAAAUGGCAAUAGCAAGACAGAUGGGUUUAGUAUUAUCUCUCAUGUUUGUACAGAGGAUGCUGUUGCCAUAGAUUCACAGAUUACUCAAAACAGAGUUAGAAAGAAGCAGCAGCUGAAGGCGGACAAAAAGCUUAGGCGUAUGGCAUUGCUGCUUGUUAUUGUAAUUUGCGAAGCUGGUGAAGCUCUUGAUGCAUACAUUCGAGCACAUCCAGAGGUCCCCUAUGCCAUGCAGGUGGCUCACGAUGAGGUUCUGAAACGUGUCUCGUCGAUUCUGAAUAACCAUGGUUUUUGUCCUACUGGAGAAUGCAUCAACAUAGAAAAUCUCUGCCCCUAUGAUCAACAAUCAUCCUCUUUGUCAGACAACAUGUUGUCCAACAAACAUGAUGGAUAUGCUACAGCUGAGAUGGUUGCGAGAAAGAAACAGCCUAGAGGAUGGGAGCUCGAACAUGCAAGGAGAAGCUUCGUCCCAUACUGGAAGGCAGUGUUAUUUUCCCAGUUGGAAGCAAGGGCGUGCCCCAGUCCCAUGAUAGAAUUGAAAACCAUUAGAGAGAUGGAUGAAAUUCUGAAUAAGGCAGCCGAAGAAGGAUCAUCUCCGAUUCCACAUAGCAAUCUUGGUUUGUCGGGAAGAAUUUCGCGAUUGACAAGUAAUCAUCGAUCCAGAAGGCUGUUUGGUACUGCGGCAUCAACAGUCUUGAAACUGUUAAAGCAUGCAUAAGUUGAGAGUUGCUGCUGCCGCUGUUUCGCCGUUUUCCUACUUGUUUCUCUUCUGCUGGAUUUCGAUCAGGGCAGGAUGAGGCGAGUAACCAUUUCCGGGCGUAAUUGACAGCCAGAAAAAAUAAAUGAAUGAACAGGGCGAACCAAGCGUUGUUUUGGGAUGGGCCAAUUUUUUUACUUGCUCCGGUGGUUUUGGGCUGGGAAACGAUGAAUCAUGCCGGCCGUAGUCUAUCAAGCAGCAAAGCAAGAGAGGGUAUUACCAAACUCUAGGAAAGUUGUCCCAUAAUAUAAGAUCGUUUUUCAAGCUAUGUUAUCUUGAAAAACGAUUUUAUAGAUUUUAUAGUGUGGGAUGGAGGGAAU